AUGGCUCUAGAUAUGAAUAUUGAUGAAUUAGUAGUCAUCGGAGAUUUCAACCUGUUAAUUCAUCAAGUGCAAGGCGAAUGGGCCACCAAAAAUGAUAAGAUCCCCCUAUAUGUAAACUUGGCACAAAGGCUGUGCAAGAAAUUUAGGAAGAAUGAGUUCAGAUACACUCUAAGAGCUCAGAACGAGUUUGCUGAUGUGUUGGCCACAAUAGCAUCAAUGAUCCAACAUCCCAAAAGAAGUCACAUUGACCCGCUGAGGAUAAGUUUGAAAGAAGGACAUGCCUACUAUUGCCAUGUGAAAGCAGAGCCAGAUGGCAAGCCAUGGUAUAAUGACAUCAAAGUGUACCUGGAAGAAUGGGAAUACCCCGAAGGCAUCACAAGUGGAAAAAAAAAACCAUCAGAAGAAUGA